CUAUGGGAUUUUUUUUUUCUUUUUUUUUUUCUUUUUCUAAAGAACUUUCCAAGAGAAGGGAAAUAAAAUCCAUUCCGUAAAGGAAAAAUUACUGCUGGGAUCAGCAAAAAAAAAAAAAAAAGGCAGAAAAGCAAUACCCGGCGGCCGAAGUUAAAUGCCGAGCGGAGAAACGGCAGAGGAAUGACUUUUAUUCCACCUGAUGGGUUUUAAUAUUCCUGCGGAUUUUUUUUUUUUUUCCCUUUUCCUGGUUGCCGAGAUUGUGAUGGAGCAGAGAGCCCGGCAUCGGCGCUGUGAGCCCAGCAUCCUGCAGUGAAUGAGAUGGGCUGCCUCCGAUAGGGAUCUCGCCGCGCUGCGCUACUGCUACAAAAGAAGCCUCUGCCUUUUGCUCUUUUGUCUCAGAAACACUUAAGACCUGGCGUUAUCCGUUUUGGGCCCUUUUUUUUCGGAUGCGAAGGCGAAUCUCCCGUGGCUGUGGAAAGAUAACCUGCGUUCUCCAGUUUCGGGAAGGAAAUCGCCUCUAGUGGCGUUGGUAGGCGCUUAGAAUGCACGCCUGGAACUUUCCUUUUCCUUUGGCGGCUGAAAAAUGCAUUCGACCUCCAAUUAUGAACGGGCCCAUGCACCCGCGCCCAUUGGUAGCAUUGCUCGAUGGCAGAGAUUGCACCGUAGAGAUGCCCAUUCUGAAGGACGUGGCCACUGUGGCUUUCUGCGAUGCACAGUCUACACAAGAAAUUCACGAAAAGGUGCUAAAUGAAGCGGUGGGAGCCCUGAUGUAUCAUACGAUCACGUUAACAAGGGAAGAUCUGGAGAAGUUCAAGGCUCUCCGAAUAAUUGUCCGAAUCGGAAGUGGGUUUGACAACAUCGAUAUCAAGUCAGCCGGGGAUCUAGGUAUUGCAGUAUGUAACGUGCCAGCAGCCUCUGUAGAGGAGACAGCGGAUUCGACCAUGUGCCACAUUUUAAACUUAUACAGGAGAACGACGUGGCUGCACCAGGCGUUAAGAGAAGGAACCAGGGUGCAGAGCGUAGAGCAGAUAAGGGAGGUGGCAUCUGGGGCAGCACGGAUUCGCGGGGAAACUUUAGGCAUUAUAGGACUCGGGCGGGUUGGUCAAGCAGUGGCGCUGCGGGCAAAAACCUUUGGUUUCAACGUCUAUUUCUAUGACCCUUACCUCUCAGACGGCAUUGAACGUGCGCUUGGCCUCCAGCGGGUCAGCACCCUACAAGACCUCCUGUUCAAUAGCGACUGUGUAACCCUGCACUGCAGUUUAAAUGAGCACAACCAUCACCUUAUUAAUGACUUUACCAUUAAACAGAUGAGGCAGGGUGCCUUCUUAGUGAACACGGCACGAGGUGGCUUGGUGGAUGAGAAGGCACUGGCGCAGGCCCUAAAGGAGGGCAGGAUACGAGGAGCGGCAUUAGAUGUACAUGAGUCGGAACCUUUCAGCUUCAGCCAGGGUGCUCUUAAAGAUGCGCCAAACCUCAUCUGUACGCCACACGCGGCUUGGUACAGCGAGCAAGCGUCCAUAGAGAUGCGGGAGGAAGCAGCAAGGGAAAUCCGCAGGGCAAUUACUGGUCGCAUUCCUGACAGCCUGAAAAACUGUGUCAAUAAAGAUCACUUAACUGCAGCAACACAUUGGGCCAGCAUGGAUCCUGGGGUUGUUCAUCCAGAGCUCAAUGGUGGUGCCUACAGAUAUUCCCAAGGUGUUGUCAGUGUGGCUCCAGCUGGCAUCCCGGCAGCGGUAGAAGGUAUAGUACCAACUGCUAUGCCUUUAUCACAUGGUCACCCAGCUGUGGUCCACCCACCCCAUGCUCCUUCUCCCGGCCAAACCGUCAAACCAGAGGCCGACAGAGACCAUCCAAGUGACCAGUUGUAGCCCUCCAGAAAGCGAUGAGCAUUCCCCCCCGGCAUCUAAGGUUUCAACUCCAGAGAAGAUAAGAAGAAUCUGGAUUUUAGGAAAGAGGCAAACAUUCUGAACUUACAAGCUGACCUUCAUUGUUUUUAGGGACUGGUCCAAAUAUACAGCAUAACGGGAGAAGAAAAGAGAAUUUUUGGGACCUUUUUUUCCUCCAUAUAAAAAUUGUAGUUUGUUCCUGUCCAGUGGAAUAACUUCACUGUUCUGUGUCCAAUGGGUCCUUCGUUACGCAAGAAAAGUUAGUAGUUAAUUAUAUCAUGAAUGUACUUGUCUGUGUACAGUUUUUAGAACAUGAAAACAACAAAGGGUUUGUUCGCUUAGCUAUCAACUGGGAAUAACAUGAGGGAGGCAUUCAGCAAACCACUUUUAUGGUUCAAAAAAGCUAAAAAAAAAAAUUAAAAAAAAAUAAAUAUAUAUAUUAUUUUCUUUUAUAUGUUUAAAAUAUGCCCAAUAAAGCAGUCAGUUGGCAGACUUCUCAGGACAAUACGUGAUCCCACUUUUUCUUUGGAAGCCACACAGUGCAUUGUUUUUCUACCUGCUUGUCUUGUACAUUUCUCUUUUUUUAAUAAUUUAGUAAAAACAGGAAUUUUUUUUUUGUGUUCAUUUCCCUUAUUUUGGCAUGGAUACCCUCCUAUCGGAUAACUACGGCAAGAACGAAAACAGGAAAAAAAAAAAACCUAAAGCGGCGUCGUUCUUGUCGCAAAAGUAUAUAUAAAUGGUGGUAUGCGGGAAAUCACGACUACUGAAAGUAGUUCCAUUUCAUUGCCUACAUGAAUUCCUUCCUGGUAAUGUUGGUAGGCUAGCAAUAUUUUUAUUUUCUUUCUUUUUUUUUUUUUUUUUUUAUUGUUUUGGGUCAAGAUCAUGUUUGUGAGUGUAACCAUUUGUAUGACUUAUUAUUUUAAGAAAUAAAAUCCCAGACAAAUACA